ACAAAUUCAAAUUUUUCUCUUCUACUAUUUAUCAUUUCGGCCUUCUUUAUUUUAUAAAAUUAAAAUUUUAAAAGCCUGCAUCUUUUAUUUUUAGAGCAUUAAGAAAUUGCUAGCUAGGAUACUCCACUGCAAAGAAAACAAAAAUAUGGAAUUGGAAAGUAAUGAUGACAUUUUGGCUUCUCUAAAUGUAUUAAGCAAUAAAAUUAAAGACUUGGAACUGCGAGUGAGUGGUGUAAUGAUGAAGCAGCGCGACAUGAAGGAUAUAUUGGAUUCGAUGCGAGAGGAUAUAGGGAGCGAAGAACGAAGUUCUGCAGGUCAGGAUGAGGCUACAGAGGUAGUCUAUCCGGAGGAUUAUCACGUCGUAAGUGAUUUGAAGAAGGCUGUUGAAGAAAUGGAAAAGAUGCAGAAAGCAUGGAUGGAAAGUGUUCGGCAAAUAUCUAAGGUGCAAACUGGCUUAGAAGGGUUAAGAAUCUUCAAAGAUAUGCAAAAAUAUCUUUCGAAUCGGUUAGAAUUCAUUCAAAUGGCGAAGUCUGUCGUUCAGGCUCCAUUAGUAGAUGAGACACCUCCACCUCCAGAGGAACCUCCAGUAGAAGUUCCUGAAGUAAUCAAAGAAGACAAGAAAAAGGGCAAAAAGAAGAAAUAAAGUGAGGAAUUGUUUAAAAAUUGUAUUUAUUCUU